AUGGCGCAUCAGAACGGCGGAAACACGGUCUUGCUCACCGAGCAAGAGGCACAACGCAUCCGGGCCACCGUCCAGGAAACGCGAAAACAAUGCUCAGAACGCAAGGGAAACGCAAGAGAAUUUCGAGAUGCUCACGCCACUGUCAGCCAGGCAACUGGCACUUCUCUCAUGAUGGACAUGGGCAGCAUGGCCGGACAAGGCCAGCGGGACACACUGCCGGCUCUUGGCGUUGGGCAGACAUAUCCGCCGAGCACCGCUUCUCUCCAAGACCUGAAGCCCAUGAAGUUUACCGAGCUCCAGGUGGAAACACACCACCGCGGCCGUUCUCUCAUCGUCAAGCGUGCGAGCCGCUGUCCGGUGGUGACCCUUGCGGCGCGGUCAUGGACCGUGGUGCAGGACGAAGAGGAAAAGGAGACUGAGCGGCUGGAAAUAUGUCUGCACAAGACGACAGACGGCGAGGACACAUUGGAAUCAGCACGUCGCUAUAUCAUCAAGGAGCCCUACUUCACGCUGACCGAGGACGGCGAAGCCACGCUCCGGAUAGACCAUCCUUCUGACCUGGUCGUCUGCCAGGAUGAGAUUGUGAAGGGCAGCUCCACCCAAGUCGAGGAUGCGGAAAAGGGAGAAGUGUUGGCGAAAAAGUGCAAGGACAAGGGCAACGCAGCACUGCAAAAGAAGGAUCUGCCGCUCACUCGCGAAAGCUACUCCCAAGGUCUCAAGCUCGCCAGACAAGAGGCUGUUCAGAAGACGAAUCCCGAUCUGGCACGAGACAUCGCCCGGAAUCGCGCUCAUGUACAUCUCCUGCUGGACCGGCAAGACGAAGCCAUCGCCGACGCGAAAGCGUCUCUGAUCGGCGCAGACGACCAACGAUCAAAGGAACUCGACAGCAAGGCCUACUUCCGCGCCGGCAGCGGGGCGUAUAACUUGGGCCAGUACCAGCAGGCCAAGGAGUACUUCGAGCAGGCCAAGAAGCUCGCCCCUGAAGAGAAAGGCGCCGCGAUGUACCUGCGAAAGGUCGAGUUGCGUCUGCGGGAGGAGAAGGAGGGGAAGUACGACUUGCAGAAGAUCAGGGCCAACCUCACCCCCACUUCUCCGCGGGCCGACGCCGCAAGCUUCACCGGCAAGACCGAAGUCAAGGAGAGCGCUGGGCGAGGCCGUGGGUUGUUCGCGACCCGCGACAUCGCCGCCGGGGAGAUCGUCAUGGUCGAGAAGGCCUUCUGUGUUGUCUGGGGUCACGAAAGCGAAGUCCUGACGGCGAUGACAUACGACGUGCGAGAUGACAGGAUCCGAGUGGCGCCGGUGGGCUUGACCAAGGCCAUCUCACAGAAGCUCCUGAGGAACUCUUCCCAGAUCGCCAGAGUGAUGGAUCUCUACGGCGACUACCAGGGCGAAGGUGACGUGGCGGCGACCAAGACCGAGGAGGGGGCCGUCGUCGACGUCUUCCGGGUCCACGAUAUCGUGUCACGCAACGCCUUUGGUCCCGGCGGCCAGUUCGGAGAAGAGGGCGCAAGGAACGCGAGCACGGGUCUCUGGAUCUGGGCCGCGUACAUCAACCACUCCUGCAUAGCCAACGCCAAGAAGGAAUACGUCGGCGACCUGAUGGUUCUCCGUGCCCUCGGCGCCAUCAAGAAGGGGGAGGAGAUCUUCCACAGCUACGACGAGUCGGCCGACUACGAGGCGAGGCAGAAGGCGUUGCUGACGACAUGGGGCUUCGAGUGCGGCUGCGCCCUCUGCGCGGCCGAGAGGACGGACGACGACAAGCUGAGGAGGAAGCGUCAGACCCUGGCGAACGACGCGGACGACUUUGUGAACACGACGCACUGGACGAAUGCGAAGCGGAUUGCCAUCGCCAAGGCCCAGCGCUUUGCGCGGGACAUCGAUGCCACGUACGACGACAAGAAGUACGACGGCGUGCCCCGUCUGGCUUCGGCAAGAGUACGGGAAUGGCUUGCCAAGGCAACCCCUCUCAAGUAA